CAUUGAAGUGUCAUUGUGACAUAUGUGGGAAGCCUAAUUACACUUGUGAGACUGAUGGAUUGUGUUUCACAUCAACAUCCUUGGAUGACAAUGGAAUUAUUACGCAUUCAUAUAGAUGCUUUCCAAAAAGGGAACUUCAACCACCGGAGCAUCCCAUGGUUUGCCAGUAUUCAGGGAGCAAGCACUCUAUAACACAGUUUGUGAUAAAAUGCUGUCAAGGAUAUGAUUAUUGUAAUCGAGAUUUAUCUCCAACUCUUGCCCCUCGGACAAUUGUCAUGGGAAGUGAUAUGCUGGAUAAAGAUCCUCGGUUAGGUACACUGGAACUUGCCUUUAUUAUUGCUGCUCCUAUAUGUGCUGCUUGCAUAUUUGCUGUAAUAGCCUGGGGGUUAUGGCAGUUAAGGCAGAAGCAUCGCAGAUACCAAGUUGAUUGUGAAAACUCAUUAGAAAGUUGUGAGCCAAUGUUACCUCCUAAUCAUUCAAUCAAGGACAUGAUUGAUAUGACUACUUCCGGAUCUGGAUCAGGCCUUCCAUUGCUAGUUCAAAGGAGCAUUGCAAGACAAAUUCAGUUAGUGGAAAUCAUUGGCAAGGGCCGUUUUGGAGAAGUUUGGAGGGGCCGUUGGAGAGGCCAACCUGUCGCUGUAAAAAUAUUUUCUUCAAGAGAUGAGCGCUCCUGGUUUAGAGAAGUUGAAAUAUAUCAGACUGUUAUGUUACGACACAGCAAUAUUUUAGGAUUUAUAGCUGCUGAUAAUAAAGAUAAUGGUACAUGGACACAGCUGUGGUUAAUUACUGAUUAUCAUGAAAAUGGAUCUCUCUAUGACUACCUCAAUAAGGCUACUGUAGAUACAGCUGGAAUGUGCAAGAUGGCUUAUUCUAUUGCUAAUGGACUGGCACAUUUGCAUAUGGAAAUUUUAGGAACUCAAGGCAAACCUGCAAUUGCCCACAGAGAUUUGAAAAGUAAAAACAUUCUUGUAAAAAACAAAGGAUCUUGUGCUAUAGCUGAUCUGGGCUUAGCUGUUAGAUUUGACUCUGUCACAAAUUCAGUUGACAUUCCACCUAAUCCAAGAGUUGGAACUAAACGUUACUUAGCUCCUGAAGUAUUGGAUGAAACUAUCAACACCAAUCAUUUUGAUUCAUUUAAAAGAGCUGAUAUUUAUGCUUUUGGAUUGGUACUUUGGGAAAUUGGACGGCGAUGUGAUAUUGGAGGGAUUCAUGAAGAGUAUCAGUUGCCAUAUUAUGAUAUGGUGCCUUCUGAUCCUAGUAUAGAUGAGAUGAAGAAAGUUGUCUGUUUUGAUAAACAAAGGCCACCAAUACCUAACAGAUGGCAGUCAUGUGAGGCACUGAGAGUGAUCUCUAAGGUAAUGAAGGAAUGUUGGUACCAUAAUUCUGCAGCUCGUUUAACUGCAUUACGUAUAAAGAAGACACUAGCAAAUCUUGGUGCUCAAGAGGAUUUAAAGAUAUAAAAUUUAUAUAGACGUUUUUAGUUUAUCUUCUAACUAAUAAAUUAUAUUGUUCGUAA